GUGUAAUAAGCAGGAAGAAAAUCGCACAUCAUAACCAUCAAACGAACAGAGGGUAAGCAGAACAGACCAGAUGAUAUCACUAUACAUUUCCAGUUGGUUAGUUUUUGUUUUCUUAAAAAGGAAAAUGUUUGGUUUUAUAAUACAGGAUUCACUAUGACCUAGGCAACGAAGUUGUGGGCACAUACUGUUGUGGCGGGUUGAACUGGAAUGUGCUUUGGAGAUUGCUUAUUGGCCCAGUAAUGCAUUUCAUUGUUGUCCACAUGAUAUAGUAAUACCUCUACUCUGAUGUAAAGUAUUACUGCUCCAGACAAUAAGCAGGAAGAAAAUCGCACAUCAUAACCAUCAAACGAACAGAGGGACUUCCCACCCAUCCCAAGAGGCGAUGUGACAGACAUUGUUGAAAUUAUGUCGAAGGUCUACAAUGAUGAAGGAUCCAACUGCAUGUGCUGAGUAAAAUCCGCUGUAAUGGAACACAGCGGUGAGUGGAGCUGGAGAGCAGGUCUGAACGAGCAUCAGUCCAGCUGUUCAGUGUGUGAGCAGGGGCUGAGAGACCCCGUCUCUUUUAACUGUGGACACAGAGUGUGCAGACAGUGCAUCGGCAGCUACAGGGACCAGCCUGCUCCAUCAGGAGACCCUGGCUGCCCCGAGUGUGGAAAGAGAUCCAGAACACAUUCUGAACCGAACCUACUACAACAACAUGGUAUUAGACACCAAGAAAAAGACCAGCAUGUUGAGGAGCAUAGAGUAGUUUCUAUCCCAACCUCCAUUAGAGCUCAGGAUGGAAGCACUAUCAUCGCCCCAUUCAUCUACAACUCUACUGUAAGAGACAUCAUCAUCACUGUGCCAAAAACAGAAGCCCCACAUAGCUGUUCCACACAACAAGUGAAUGAUAUUCUCAAGACAUACAAAGCCAGUCUGAGGAAGAAGUUUGCAUUGGUGUUAGAAGGCACUGCAGUAGAUCAAACUCCCCUUAAUAGGAUUUACACACAGCUCUACAUCACACAGGGAGAGUGUGAAGGGGUUAAUAAAGAACAUGAGGUUCGGCAGAUUGAAUAUACAUCCAGGAGAAAAACAUCACCAGACACCCUUAUCGACUGUAAUAACAUUUUUAAACAAUCACAUGGAGAAGAGGAACGCAUAAGGACUGUGCUGACGAAGGGCAUCGCUGGAAUAGGAAAAACGGUCUCAGUGAAGAAGUUCAUCGUCGACUGGGCAGAAGGACAAGCCAAUCAAGAUGUAGAUUUCAUAUUUGUGCUUCCUUUCAGAGAGUUGAAUCUGAUUAAAAAACAAUGCAGUCUUCAUGGACUUUUAAAUGGCUUUCACCCUGAACUUUCUGAGAUAGAAGAUGUAAAGAACUACACUGAUGGUGAAGUUCUGUUCAUCUUUGAUGGUCUGGAUGAAAGCAGACUUCCCUUGGAUUUCCAGAACAACGAGACACUGUUUGAUAUGACACAGAUCUCAUCAGUAGACGAGUUGCUGACUAACCUCAUCAAGGGGACUCUGUGUCCCAAAGCGCUCCUCUGGAUAACCUCCAGACCAGCAGCAGCAAAUCAGAUUCCCCGCGACUUGGUCAGCCGGAUUUCAGAAGUACGAGGAUUCACUGACACGCAGAGAGAAGAAUACUUUAAGAAGAGAUUCGGUGAAGGGAAACUAGCCAACAAAAUCAUAACACAUGUAAAGACAUCAAGGAGCCUCCACAUCAUGUGCCACAUACCAGUCUUCUGUUGGAUCACUGCAAAGGUUCUAGAGGAUGUGUUUUGUAGACAGAGAAAUGAGAGAGGAGAGAUCCUUACAACUCUGACUGAGAUGUACGCUCGCCUCAUGGUCAUUCAGAUAAACCUGGCAAAUGAAAAGUAUCAGGGGCAGAAUGAGAGGGAUAGACAGAAGAUCUUGGCAUCAAAGAAAAUCUUCAUUUUGAACCUGGCACGAUUAGCAUUUGAACAGCUGCAAGAGGGCAAUAUCAUAUUCGAUGAGGAAGACCUGAGAAACUGUGGGAUUGAUGUUAGUGAAGCCUCAACAUACUCAGAGUUUUGCACAGAAUUCCUGAAAGAAGAGUGUGGGUUGUAUUCAAAGGUGUACUGCUUUGUGCACCUGACCUUUCAGGAGUUCCUUGCUGCACUGCAUGUCUUUCACUGCUGUGUGAGCAACAACAUCAAGGCCCUUGAGUCUUUCCUGGAGAAUACUUCUGCAGCGCUUCCCUUGCAUGAGUUGCUGAAGAUGAUGGUGGACAAAGCCAUGAAUAGUCUAAAUGGACACCUGGACCUAUUCCUCCGCUUCCUUGUUGGCAUAACACUGGAUUCCAAUCAGAGAUUGUUGCAAGGCCUACUGCCAAAGACAAAGAUCAGCUCAGAGACUGUUGAGGAGAUUAGAAAAUACCUCAAGAAUCCUGGUGCACAUCAUGUGUCACCUGAAAGGUACAUCAACCUUUUCCUCUGUUUGACUGAGAUGAAGGACAAUUCAGUUCAGGAGAAUGUUCAGAAGUUCCUUGAGUCUGGAGAAGAACUGUCACCUGCUGACUGCUCAGCACUGGCCUAUGUGCUUCUGAUGUCAGAGGAGGUGCAGGAUGAGUUUGACCUGGUGAAAUACAACACAUCAGAGGAGGGGCAUGACAGACUGCUCCCAGCUGUAAGAAACUGCAGAAAGGCAAUACUGUCUGGCUGUACUCUUUCAAAUCAGGUCUGUGACACACUGGCCUCCGUUCUCCAAUCUGCAUACUCACCUCUGAGAGAGUUGGACCUGAGGAACAGUGAGCUGUUUGAUGAUGGAGAGUUUAUACUUUUUGCUGGACUGGAGGAUCCACACUGCAAACUGGAGACACUGAGACUUACUGGCUGUGGCAUCACAGGGGAGUCUUGUGAAAUAUUGGUCUCUCUUAACCUAUCUCUUAUUGAGUUGGACCUGAGUUACAACAGACUGAAGGAUUAUGGAGUGAAGCUGCUUGCUGCUGGAUUGUUGAGCCUACACUGUAAACUGGAGAAACUGAGGCUGAAUCGAUGUUGUCUGACAGAAGACUGUUGUGAAGACUUGGCCUCAGCUCUCAGCUCAACCUCCUCUCACCUGAGAGAGCUGGACCUGAGUCACAAUGACCUGCAGGAUUCAGGAGUGAAGUUGCUCUCUGCUGGACUAGGCCAACAAAUCUGUAGACUAGAGAUACUGAGGCUGUCAUUCUGUAAAGUCACAGAGGAAGGCUGUGCUGUUCUGGCUUCAGCUCUGUGGUCAAACCCCUCCCACCUGAGAGAGUUGGACCUGAGCUUCAAUCACCCAGGAGACUCAGGCGUGAAGCUUCUUUCUGCUAAACUGGAGGAGGCCCAUUGUAAUCUCAAUGUGGACCAUAAUGAAGAGAUCUGGAUAGAACCACAGCUGCUUAAGAAGUAUGCCUGUGAGCCCACUCUAGACCUAAACACAGUAAGCAGACUCCUAUCUCUGUCUCAAGGAAACAGACAGGUGACAGGGGUUCGACAGCAGCACCUGUAUCCUGACCACCCCGAAAGAUUUGACUGUCCACAGGUGCUGUGUACAGAGGGUCUGAGUGGGCGCCAUUACUGGGAGGCAGAGGUGAGUGGGCACUUGACUGUCAUAGGAGUGGCAUAUAAAGGAAUCAGCAGAAAAGGAAAUGGUCGUGUCUGUAAGCUUGGAUCCAAUGGCAAUUCCUGGUGUCUUGCCUGCUCUAAGUACCAUGACUCUGCCGACUACAAUAAUGAAACCACUAAAAUAACCUCCCCUCCAAAGCUAUCUGAGAAAAACAAGAGAGUAGGAGUGUUUUUGGACCAUCCUGCUGGAACUGUCUCCUUCUAUGAGGUCUCCUCUGACACAAUGACCCACCUUUACACUUUUCAGACCACAUUCACUGAGCCCCUCUAUCCAGCGUUUGGAAUCCAGAGUACAAACUCCUCAGUGUCUUUUGGGGUUGCCAGUAAUCCUGUAGAGGCUAAGAGGCCAUCGGUGGAAGAAUUUCAAGAAAUGGGUGGUAUUUCCUUAAUUGGAGGAGUUCUUCAUAAAGAUCUUUUCCAUUACAGAAAUUGAAGAAGCACAAAUGUUUCUCUAUUGCUAAUUUGACACAAUGAUUGUGGUAGAUGUUUCAAUCGUAAGGUGACCCUGAAGAAAUCACAAUAACAUUCACGAGAGGGAAAAACGUAUGCAUUGUGAAUUUUAGUUUUCUUGCAAGUGAAAAAACAACAGCACUACAGCACAGAGAAAGAGGAUAAAAACGUGAAAGUCAACGUGAAAAUGUGUUGAUUACAACAAGAUUUAAGAGCAUGUUAAACCUUACAGCUUUAGGAAAAUACCACCUACGGAACAUAGUAGCUACUGUAGGGCACAGCUGGAUUGAAUAGGCGUAGGUUUCAGGUAUAAAUGACUUAAUGCUAGAAGUAGAGGAAUAUUGUUGAGACCUAAUUUCCAAGAGUAUGUACAGUAUUUACCUUCACCCACUGUUACCGGACGGAGCCACUAUCCUCUAUGUUCUCUUCUGUGAAAGAAUAAGGUUCCUUGUUUGGAUAUUAAAAUAUGUCCCAUCUAGGCUACUUUAGCUGAGUUUACACAGGCAGCCCAAUUUUAAUAUUUUGACCAAUCAGAACAUUGCCAGUAAUUGGACAAAUGAUUAGAAUUGGACUGCCUUUGUAAACUUAGCCUAAGGCUCUGUGUUUUAAACUAGCUUAAAUAUUGUUAGAAAUGAUGCUCUAAUGCUUUAUUAAAGCUGUUUUUAAACAUAAUUGUCUAAACAUUUAUUUGCUUAUUAUUCCUAUUGUUUCCGGAUAGUAUCAGGUAGAGAUACAGGUAAAUGCCGAAAUAAAGGGAACACCAACAUACACCAACAGCUUCAAUGCACUUUGGCAUAGAUUCUAGUGUAACUCUAUUGGAGGGAUGAGACACCAUUCUUCCACAAGAAAUUCCAUUAUUUGAUGUUUUGUUGAUGGAAAACCCUGUCUCAAGGCCCCGCUCCAGAAUCUCCCAUAAGUGUUCAAUUGGGUUGAGAUCUGGUGACUAAAAAAGCCAUGGCAUAUGGUUUAAAUAAUUUUCAUGCUCAUCAAACCAUUCAGUGACCACUCAUGCCCUGUGGAUGGCAGCAUUGUCAUUCUAUGGGGCAGAGCCAUAGUAGCCAAAAUAAUGGCCUGCCCAGCAUUUUUAUACAUGACCCUAAGCAUGAUGGGAUGUUAUUUGCUUAAUUAACUCAGGAACUACACCUGUAUGGAAGCACCUGCUUUCAAUAUACUUUGUAUACCACAUUUUCUCAAUUGUUUUCAUUAUUUUGGCAGUUACCGCUAUGUUUCCACAAUCCCAAUGUAACUUCUCAGUCCUUCACAUUAGAGACCUUUGGCUUCAUCUGCUGGCUUCUGGAAAAUAAAGCAUUGCCAAAACAA